UUUGUGUCUGCAGUUUCUUGCGUUUCUCACAGUUGAUCGUUACUGAUCAUACGUGAUACGAUAAGUGAUCGUGCUGUGAACGCUCACUGUUCGCCGAAUAUGCCUGGUUACGGAUGUCUGGUUGAAGGGUGUCCGAAUGCGGCGUACUCAUCGGAUAUUCGGUUUCAUGGUUUACCGAGUGACGACCAGCGGCGGCAGCAAUGGCUUGCGACAGUCCCGUCACGACUCUGGCAAGGUAGAAAGCUGGAGAACAUUCGGUUCUGUGAACGGCAUUUUACACCUUCCGACUACGUGAUGCACCCCUCUGUGUCACGACGACUCGGACUGCAGCGACAGAUGUACCGCCUGGAGAAGACGGCAGUUCCUUCUUUGAAUCUAGCUGCAGUUGCAGAGGCUGAUCGUCACAUGGAAGUCGAAGACUCUCAAGCUGACUGGCUGGAAGUGGUCACAUCUCGUGAGUCUCAUCAGACUACUACCACUAGCCAAGCUGCCUCAUUAGUGGAACUUUCCCACCUGGACCUUCCUGUUGGACAUGAGGAAACUGCAGGCGAUGCAAGUCCUUCUGACCUCGAGAUGGACUACUACGAUCUGGCAAUCCCACUUGAGCAUGAGGAAGUGGUAUCUGCCAGCCAUGACCUCCCAUGCUACUCAGGAGCUGCAUCUCCAACUAAGCACUGGGCAACGGCAGCACUAGAGGUCCCGGCUGAUCCCUCUGCACGUAUACUUGAGGGAACUGAGACACAAAAUUCUGCAACAUUUCUAGUACCAAAAGUGCCUCGGAUCAUGUGGUGCUUGUUGUACAAGACGGAAGGGAACAACAGUAGCUACACAGACAACAGCAUCGGACUUCAGAUCUGCUGGCUUGGUCAGCACCUCCACCCAAUGCAACAUGGAGCUGGAGCGGUUGGUAGCUCUAAGGUCGACCGCUGUGCAAACGGAUGA